AAGGGUCUCACCCACAGACUGAAAACAACUUUUCUAUAGUGAGGUUUAGAGGGUGGUAUGCACAGUUGAGAAAAACUGAGGCCUCAACAGGAGCUAGCUAAUUGACUUAGUGUGGCAGGUGGAUUUUAUUUAAAUAAGAUGGUGAGAUAAUUAAACUGACCAGCUGGGUAAGAGGCCUUGUUAAGUGAGCACUGAUAAGGACUGCUCUGAUCUGUGUAGUCAGUCAUUCAUUGAUUAAAAAAGCAAAUAGGAAGACCAGUUUUAAGGGUGAUGCUGUAAUCAUUGUGCUGACCAAGAAUUUCAGAACAAACAGGGAUGGCAUUGCUAUAAUUUCAUAAUAAAACAUUUAAGACUUGCUGAUAAAUUUCCUUUUGGAAUAAGAGUGAACCGCUGCAUCUGAUUUUCAGACUCUUGAAUUAGAUACAGGUUACUAAGUUCUGUGCAUAUGAGAAAAAAAGAUCUUGAGGGGAUUUUUUUUUCUAAAUUAGAUGUUAGGAGUGGUGUCUUGAGAAGUCUAAUGACAAACUUUUGAGACAAGUUUGGGCUGACUGUACAUAUUUCCAUCUUCAGACACACAUUAUUUGGAGAAGUCAAGAAUAGAUGAGGUUAUUCAGAAAAGGGAAGUAAGAUGACAGGAUGCAAAAUAGUUCCAAACCAUUAGUACUCUAAUUGGAGAGAUAAUGUAUAAGAGAAGUAAGCCAAGGUCAUGGAUAAUACUAGACACUGAUGGAGAGGAAAUAGCAGAAAAGUAUGGUCUCAAGGAAGCGAGCGAGCUUGUGUGUGUGUGCGCAUGUGUGUGCGCACACAUGCACAAGUGUAAACACACACACACCACGGCUUUAAUAGAAAAGCAGCGCAAUGACUUAUGGGAGAGUUCCAGUGAACUGCUGAGAAAAACCCAGAUGGAAUGCUGACUGUAAGCUAACAAGGAGGAGCACGUGUUCAAAUUGUUAAGUUCUGAGAGAGGAGAAGAAGGAUAUGGACGUAAAGGCUUUCGCAGGCAAAGACCUGGAGGAGCAGUUGCGGUCCGUGUCCAGUGUAGAUGAGCUCAUGUCUGUCCUGUACCCAGACUACUGGAAAAUGUACAAGUGCCAGCUGAGGAAAGGUGGCUGGCAGCAGCCUACUCUCAACACAAGGACAGGGGAUAAUGUAAAAUUUGCUGCUGCACAUUAUAACACAGAAAUCCUGAAAAGUAUUGAUAAUGAGUGGAGAAAGACUCAAUGCAUGCCACGUGAGGUGUGUAUAGAUGUGGGGAAGGAGUUUGGAGCAGCCACAAACACCUUCUUUAAACCUCCAUGUGUGUCCGUCUACAGAUGUGGGGGCUGCUGCAACAGUGAGGGGCUGCAAUGCAUGAACACCAGCACAGGUUACCUCAGCAAGACGUUGUUUGAAAUUACAGUGCCUCUCUCUCAAGGCCCCAAACCAGUCACAAUCAGUUUUGCCAAUCAUACUUCCUGCCGAUGCAUGUCUAAACUGGACGUUUACAGACAAGUUCAUUCAAUUAUUAGACGUUCUCUGCCAGCAACAUUAUCACAGUGUCAAGCAGCCAACAAAACUUGUCCAGCAAACUAUGUGUGGAAUAACUACAUGUGCCGAUGCCUGGCUCAGCAGGAUUUUAUCUUUUAUUCAAACCCUGAGGAUGACUCAACCAAUGAAUUCCAUGAUGUCUGUGGACCCAACAAGGAGCUGGAUGAAGACACCUGUCAGUGUGUCUGCAAAGGGGGUCUUCGGCCAUCCAGCUGUGGACCCCACAAAGAACUAGACAGAAACUCGUGUCAGUGUGUCUGUAAAAACAAACUUUUCCCUAGCUCGUGUGGAGCCAACAGGGAAUUUGAUGAAAACACUUGCCAGUGUGUAUGUAAAAGAACCUGUCCUAGAAACCGACCCCUGAAUCCUGAAAAAUGUACCUGUGAAUGUACAGAAAACACAGAGAAAUGCUUCUUAAAAGGGAAGAAAUUCCACCAUCAAACAUGCAGUUGUUACAGACGACCAUGUACAAAUCGAAUGAAGCAUUGUGAACCAGGACUGUCCUUUAGUGAAGAAGUGUGUCGCUGUGUCCCAUCAUAUUGGAAAAGACCGCAUAUGAACUAAGAUCAUACCAAUUUUCAGUUCAUCAUUUUACUGUCUUGAAAAACUGUUGCCACAUUAGAACUGUUCAUACACAGAAAGUCUCUGUGGGACCAUGGUAACAGAGGCCCACGACUGUGUUUCCUGAACCGUGUGGAUAGCCGCAGGAAUGGACUGGCAGUCAAUGUGAAAAGGCCUCUUCAAAGACUGCUUUUCUACCAGUGAACAGACAGCUGAGGUUUUCCUCUUGUGAUCUAAAAAAGAAAAAGAUAAAAAGAAUGACUAUAUAAUUUAUUUCCACUAAAUCUAUUGUUCCUGCAUUCAUUUUUAUAGCAAUAACAAUUGGUAAAGCUCACUGUGAUCAGUAUUUUUAUAACAUGCAAACUAUGUUUAAAAUAAAGUGAAAAUUGUAUUAUAAACUGCGGCGUUCAGUCCAUUGCCAUCUUACAUUAUAGUCCGGUUUUAGAAAAUGAAAUGUCAUCUUUCAAAACACUCUCAUCAGAGAUUUCUGAGUUGUCUUCCACAUUUAAGUGAAGAGUCCCCUGCAGCCUCAAAGCAGAUAUCAUGGGCACUGCUGCAUUCAUUUGCAGUCUGGAUACACUAGAUGAGACCUAUGUUUUUCACUUCGGUGAAAAAAGGAAGAGAGGGAGAGAAAAGGAUCAAUUUGACACCAUCAGAAUGUUUACUAUUUGUUUUAAAGCAAGUGAAUUAUUGUUUUAAAAAAGAAAAUCAUGAAUGCCACCACAGUCAUCCUCUUUGAACCAACAGGAUAGUGUGAUCCAUGUUCAUCCAAUGUUCUCCACCUUUGAAACUCAGCCAAAUCCAAAUCAUUUAUCAAUUCCUAUUCUAAAAAUGAAAAAAUAAGAUCAUGUCUCCCUUACUAUCCAUUUGGAAAAUCAUUGUUAGAUUUCACACAUUUGGGAUAUAUGAACUAUUUUAGCUAUUUUAGGAAAUAAAAUCUUAGCUUCAUUGGGUAAACCUCCAGAGGCUUUUUAAGGAAGGUUUGAACACGGUACAAGGACUGUUAUGUAUUAGCUUGAAUAUCAAUCUAAAUCUUGUGUUUCUUAAAAUAUAUUGGCAAAACAAAACAAUAAAAAAAUCACUAAACUAAAAAUUAAAGCCAAAAGUAUCUCAGAGACAAAAAGUUUAUUUGUCCCUUGAGAAGCAAUAAUUUUGAUUGAAAGGCAAGAGUAGCACAGACAAAGAUAAUACAUUACCAUGGAAGCUUGCAAACAAUUUUAUGUGGGCCAUAAAAAUCCCACUUCAACACAUUGUAAUAAAUGGGCUUUUUGCGCCAUCAGUAUAGAUGGACUAGGGCUAAAACUGAACAAUUGUUUAGAUUAUCCACACAUGUGAUUUAAAAACAAGCUAGAAAUUAGAGUGAGAAUGUUCUUAAACUCUGCAAAGAAUCCCAAGAUACCAUGGUUGAUCCAAAAGAUAAAAGUUGAGAAAACACUAGAAACUCACAGCAACAGCUAAUAUAUCCACAACUUGGGAAAUUUAUAAACAACAUUUCAUGUCCAGAAAUCUAAUAUUGUAUACUCAGUCUAAAAGGCUGAAGGCAAAAUGUUUUGCUAAGCAGUUGUGUAAGAUUUAGCUUUUAGAUUGCUUUUGAAGGAGGUUUUAAUAUUUACAAACCAUUUCAGUGAAACUGAUUCCAGUGUUAGAAUGUCUAAAAUACCCUUUCCUCCAUAAGUGCAUCAUUUAGAACAGAGUUGAAGGGUGUGAAUAUAAGAUGAAAUUCCUCAGCACAUGCUAUACAAGAAGGGGAAGGGCCGUGAACUGACUUGAACUCAAGCAUUUCUCUGCACACAUUGUUUCUGAUGGAAUGUAACUCAGGAGGAGAGAAGAGUUAGAUGUUCCAGGUGAGAGUGCACAUAGCAUAAUAGUUUUACCACAAUACCAGAGCUUUGAGAAACUGAUUCAUGGUCCAAGUAUCAUCAACCUAGAACAUGCAGAUAGGUAUCUGGAAAAUCUUCAGAGUCACACUUUUCUGUGUGACUCUACUGUCCACAAAGUGUGAGCUUUCAUUAGCUAAUAUUCCAAAAUAUACUUUCUGAGUUUAUGUGUUCUCGUAUGUUCUGAAUUAAUACACUAUUUAAUCUUCUAAAGACUGCACAUAAGGUACUCAACUAUUUAAGAAAAUCAAUGACACGUUUAUAAUACUUCUUAUCAGUGUACUUGAAUUUCUGUUCCCUUGGUUACCUUUUUAACUGGGAAGUAACUCUUGCUCAUUUACAGGAGCCAGGAUCUUUUUGCUCCAGAGAUGACAAAUUAUUGCUUUAAAGAGGCAUGCUAUGGUAAGAGAAUCUAAUCUAAUUUGGCACUGAAUUGCAAAUCAUGAACCAUGUUAAAUUCUGACAUACUUAUGUCCCUAAGAAAAUCACCAAGUUCCCCAAGUCUCAGCACAUUAGACUUUGGAGGGAAAGAGCCGGAUUAAAAUUGUGUUUAAAGGCCUGGCUCUAAUGUUACAAUUUGUUUUGACUAUAGAGAUGAUGAAAUCAAAACCAGAACUGAGAAUUUCAUUUAAACGCUUCACAUAUGACAUUAUAAAUAAAAACUCUGACUCCCUUA